CCCCGCGCGCGCCACACAAAGGGACGCGCAGGGGGGAAAUGGCGGCGGCGACCGCGGCGGCCUCGCAGAGCACCCCCGGCAAAAUGGAGCCCCCGGCGGCCCCCGCGGCCUCCGCGGCGCCUCCGCCCGCGCCCAACGGGGCACCCGGCGCGGGGGGGCCGCCCCCUAAGAGCGAAGGCGAGAGACCAGCCCAGAACGAGAAGAGGAAGGAGAAGGGCGUGAAGAGGGGCGGGAACCGCUUCGAGCCCUACGCCAACCCCUCCAGGAGGUACCGCGCCUUCAUCACCAACAUCCCCUUCGACGUCAAGUGGCAGUCCCUGAAGGACCUGGUCAAAGAGAAAGUUGGUGAGGUAACAUACGUGGAGCUCUUAAUGGACGCUGAAGGAAAGUCAAGGGUAAGUGUUCUGAGAGAAUUUCUUCUGUGGAUUUUCUACCUGACCCAAAAAUAAAAACCAAACACACACACAC